GUCUCCAUGACGACUGGAGGUUUCAGACAAAUUUCUCUCUCCCCUUCUUCUGCUUAACAACAACUGGACUCUAGUGUCAAGUGAACCUUCGAAUAUAGUAGAGUGAAACAAAACUUGUCCCGAAAUAAUUGAAUUCACUUCAAUUUUAGCGUGUGUGUGUGUGUUUAGUGCACUGAUAUUAGGAUUAAUCUACCGAAUUGUUUCAUCCAAUUGUUUCAAGGUUCAUCCGUCGGCCAUGACAGUCGACGCCGGACGCAGACUCUUGUUCCUAGGCGUCAUCCUGUGGCUGGGCCAUCAAGACUGUCGAGCUCUUUUGCCCACUGCACCCACAGAUCAACAUGUUCAAAUCGUGCUGUUACAUCGAAGAGGAUUGGAUUGCAAUGCCGACAGCGAUAAUAAAAUUGCAAACAGUGUCAGUCUCUCGGCCAGUCAAAGGGAAAUGGCCGCUCGAUGGGCAUCGGAAAUCCUCAAUAACAAAACGACACCUCACCUCUUUUCUAUCGAUGUGGAAGUGAUGGACACGUGCGGAAGCGUCCAGGCCACUGCCAAACGGUCGCUGCAAGUCGUCCGACAAAUCAAAAGCAGCGGAACGGCCGUGCUGGGCGUGAUCGCUUUAGAGGAGGCCGACGUCCUUGCCGAGGCCGCUCGUGUCUUGAGACGUCACAACAUUCCGCUGGUCGUGGCCACGCCCCGAGCCGCUGAAAGCGAAGCCGCUUCUCUGCUCCUCUACGCUCCAGACGAUCCGGCCGUCUUCACUCAACCGGACAAUGUCUUUUCAGCUGUGCCAAACACGGCCGCCGUUGCCAGGGCCACCAUGGCGGUGGCCAAAGGAAUCCAGUGCCAAUCCAUCCGCAUUCUCGGCACGUGUUGGAGAACAAUCCGCAUGGCGGAAAGAGCCGCCAGACACUUGAACAUCCGGGUCACUGCCGCCGAGCAUUUCAUUGGCGAUUAUUCCGGCAGUGCCACGGCCUACAUUUCCAAUUUGACGCUACACCAACACCUGCUAGAACAGCAGGACGGAGUCAGAGUGGCUCUGCUGAUGGAACCCAACGAAUUGACGGAAUUCAUGAGCCAGGCGGUCAGAAUAUCCAGCGGAAGGAAAAUCACUUGGCUUCUGGGAUGCGUGGCGGGCGCAAUCAGCCCGCAGACGGCCGCCCAGUGGGCCCUGGAUCUCUCCAGCAGCGCGUUCCUGGUCGAACCCCAUUUACAAGAGCUGGCCGGAUUGGCGGAUUACAUGCGUCUUCACGGAGUUGUCCAUCAUCCCCUCGACAACGAAAUUCCGCACAUUGUUCAAGCCGUUUCCGCACUGGGUGCCGCCUUCCACUUGCAGGAAUUGUCUCGUUGCGUUCAAAAACCAUCCGCCAACGCAACUGGAGAUGACACCACCAACAGCACCAUCGAAUUUGAUUGCAGUCCCAAAUUGAAUGCCGAUCCAUCCCGAGUGCCCAGUCAAAUGUUGACGGCCUUGCGACAGUUGAGCAUGCCGGCCACAUCAAGCUCUAGAGGUCCGGCCGAAUUGGAAGGGACAUCCAACCAUUUCACACCUUCCGGCCGACUGGUAGCCAAUCGUUAUCUCAUCCAGAAACUAAUGGCCGGAUCGGGAGAAAGUUCACCGGUCGCCUGGUACUCUGACGACGAUGGAUUAGUCCUGGCCGCCGUGAUGACGUCACAGUCUCGUUUCGACUUUUUCGGCCACGCCUCAUCGGUCCCCCUCCUCAAUUCCGUCCCUCCUUUCGUCAUCGAUGAGCGGGCCGUCGACUACAGCGUGGACAGCACGGACGAUCCCGAACAGGAUCAGCAAGAACCGACCGGUGGACUUUUGCUGGAUGACGUGGAUAAUCUCAUCACGGCAAGUCCGUCAUCUCGUCCGCUUUUCUUGUUCGUUCAAGGACGAACUUGGGCGGCUUCCAUCCUGGCCGUCUCUGCCACUGAAUUGCUGGCCGCUUUCUACAUCCUCAUUGUUUUGGUAUCGCGCAUGUGCGGAACGGAUCGGGCCACAAGCAUCCGGCUCUCUACCAGCCAGACCAUGUCCUUACUCUUGUUGUUGGCCGUCAUGGCUCAGUUGAUGAGCGUGGCCCUCUUCGUUCUGCCGGGACUGGCCACUUAUUUAAAAUUUUUCCUGCCGCCGCUAUUCCUCGUGACCGGUUACGCUCUGCUUCUGGCCAAACUCUUCCAGUUCCGGCACUUGGCUUCCGCCGGACUGGGUGGCUCCGUUCCCCAAUGUCCCCUCUACGUGGCCGUUUUACUGGCCGUCGCCGUCCAAGCGGCCGUCAGCGCUCAUUUUUAUACUCAACAGGAACAGCAGCGCCAAUUUAUGACAACGAUCGAAACAGACAACAACAACAACAACGACUUACCUUUGCUCUACCUCUUCCUCAUGGUCCUGGUCACGGUGACGGCCCUCUACGCGUCCAGCUUGAAGCACAUCCGCCAACAGCAUCGAGAAGCUCAACUCAUUCUCAUCGCCACGCUGACGUCGGCCACUCUGAUGCUGGCCUGGGCCCUGGCCGUCACUCUGGGCGACCAAGAAUAUCGCGACGCUGCCACCGCUGGACUGCUGGUCCUCUUGGCCGCCUCCGUCCUCGGCUCCAUCUUCAUCCCCCGAGUGGUUCAACUGAGCCGGCAGAGGAGGCAGCUCUCCAUCAAGUCGACGUACGCCUGCAACAUUUCCAUGGCCUCCGGCAUCCCCACCAGCCCGUGGCUGGACUACAACUUCGCCAACAACAGUGCAAAAGAUCCCAAAUGGCAACCGCAGAAUUACAGCAGCACCAAUCAUUGUAGUAAUAGUUAUAAUUCCAAUAGUAAUAGUUAUAAGAGUAGUAGUAGUAAUAAUAAUAUGAAUAAUAGCAACAACUUAACCAACGAUGUCAAACUCUCGGGCAGUGGACUCAUGAGGCAUCCGGCUUACUCCGGCCGGCACUGAUGUUCAUUGGACACCCCCCAACGGUCAGAGAAGCCCCUCCCCUCCCCAACAUGCAAUUAUAUCGAUUGAUGAAAAAUGAAGACAUGUUUGUUUGUUUUUGUUUAAUUUUUUUGCUUUUUUUUUUUUUGGUUUCUCUCCUCCACCAGCAAAACAAAUCUAUUCUUGUCAUUUAAUUAAAAACCUCCCCCCUAAUAAUUUUUUUUUCUCGCCUCGUUUAUUUACAAAUGUAUUUUUCGUGUUUGUGUUUACUCAAGGUCUCUUUUUUAACGACGACAAUUCAAUAAUAAUAAACGGUAGGACGUCUCAAUAA